CGCGCGAGUCUACGCCGACUCGAGGGCCCAAACGUAUCGCGCGAGCAUCGGAGGGAGGAAGCACAACUGCGCUUUUUAACUAGCAUACACGUCCUUAAUCGCCGAUAUUAUUGUUCUAUACGAGUGAUUUCACUGUUGUGGGGGAUGAGAAGACAAGUGACUUUAUAAUACAUAUAUAGUUAUUGGCAUUCAGUGCGCGCUGCGGACAUUGAGAUUCUCCCCCGCAAUUCUUAAGGCUGAAUAAGAGAGAGAGAGAGAGAGAUUCGCAUCGGAGGAUAUGGACGAAGCCGAUCAGUGAAUCCCAAUAAGUUGAGAGAUCGACACUACCACCGCAUGACUGAGCGCGUGAAAUCGGCUACUGCUGCAGCAACGUGAGAAAGAGAGAGAGAGAGAGAGAGAGAGAGUAAACUCGAGCAAGAAUGUCGGACGACGGGGGCGGUGGUACGGACAACCCGGCCUUCAGCAACGACGAGGACACGACCUCCUGCAACAACUCCACGUCGACGGCCAGUGCCGGUCACAGCAAUCACCAGUCCGACUCCGAGACCGGUAAGAACGAGACGAGCCUCCUGGAGAACGGCAAGAACGAGACGAGGAUCGAACUGCCGGAGGAUAAUGGCCAGACGCCUGGGAAGCCCAAGCAGAACGGCGUUAACGGCAACGGGAAUAAUAACGACGUCAGCUUUCUCAAUACGAGCGUCACCAGUGUGAGCAACAAUGACGUCACCGAUAAGAAGGAGCAGAUCGAGGCCGUUAAUCUCGAGCUGGUAUCGAUGAAGCCCUACGCCGGUAAGAACAACCUGCAGACCAAGAAUCACGAGGCCCUCGAAGUACCGGCCGACCCUUACGAGGAGUACUUCGUACCGGUCAACGAGCGCAGAAAAUGCAUCAGCAGAAGCCCUGACACAGAAGUCGAAACCACCGUGGCUGGAGUCCGAUUUGACUUGGGUCCGGGUGUUGGCCGUGAGGGACUCAGCCUGAGAGACCCGGCCGCCGGACUAGUCGACUAUUCCCACUGGCUGACUGCCCUCAGAGGAGAGAAACUCUACGUCACAAAGGACAAGCGGUCCACGGGUUCGUACUGGAGAAGGGUACUGUGCUGGGGAUGUGGUUUACUGAUAGUAGCAGUCAUUGCUAUUAUUGCCAUAUUAGCUGGAACUGGUGUUAUAUUAACACAAGAAGCUACGCAGCCACUGCUGAACGGAGACAAAACCAGUUCUCGACAACUCAAUGACGUGCAAACUGCAGGAAGUCAGGAGUACAUUAAAAAUCCUCCGCCGAGUCCGCCACCUGCAACGUCUACUUUCCCGCCAUGGCAAACAACGGAUGAAACACUAUAUAAACUUGUUCCUAAAGCAUUGGAUGGUGUUAUUAAAUUAGAUGACUUAGAAUGGAAUGAGGCGAUGAAUGAUCCGAAGUCGAGAGUAUACAGAGAUGUCGCCAGGGACAUAGAAAGUAGUUUAGUUAACAUGUUACGCUUAGACGAAGGCAUGCCGCUAGUUAAAGUUUAUUCCAUUUCCAAAGAUGGUGAAGUUAAAUUCCGCGUGAGCCAACCUGUUUUCGAUAAACCGCUAGACACUCAAGAGUAUCUUGAACACAAAUUCCGACUGAAUGGCAAUUCGGUUAGCAAAUAUCACGUGAACAGAUUAGCUUUCGAUUCGCUCGUCGAUCAAUGUCAGUCUGGAAGCAUGGGGUGUAGUGAUAGCUGUGUUUACGAUUACGUUGAAGCGAUUUUCGUGUGUUCGUGUCCGGAAGGAAAGAUCUUGGAUAAAAGUGGUAAACAGUGCGUUGAAGGUAUGGAAUUGAGCAACAUCAAUUUCGAAGAAACUAUGACGGAAGACGUACAAGGAAGAAGUAGAAUACACGAUGAUGUGUAUCAUACGGAUGAUCACCAUUGGCAAGAUCCAUAUCAUGGUCUUCACCAUGAACACGAUGAAUCCAAGAGCAAAACUGAGGGCGAGGUCGAUCCGUCGGCAGAACCUAAGAGCGAACCAGAGCCAGUAGCGGAACCUGAAAGCAAACCCGAACCAUCCUCUGAACCCAAGAGCGAGCCAGAGCCAGCAGCGGAGCCUAAAAGCGAACCCGAACCAUCAUCGGAACCAGAACCAUCGGUGGAACCUAAGAGCGAACCAGAGCCAGCAGCAGAACCUAAAAGUGAACCUGAACAUGCUGCUGAACCCAAAAGCGAACCCGAACCAUCUGCAGAUGUAACGAGCGCUUCAGAGCCAACCGCUGAGCCUAAAAGUGAACCGGAACCAUCUGCCGAACCAGCAAGUGAUUCGGAGCCUGUAUCCGAGCCCAAAAGUGAACCGGAACCAUCUGCCGAACCAGCAAGUGAUUCGGAGCCUGUAUCCGAGCCCAAAAGUGAACCGGAACCAUCUGCCGAACCAGCAAGUGAUUCGGAGCCUGUAUCCGAGCCCAAGAGUGAACCGGAACCAUCUGCCGAACCAGCAAGUGAUUCGGAGCCUGUAUCCGAGCCCAAGAGUGAACCGGAACCAUCUGCGGAACCAAAGAGCGAGCCCGAACCAGCUUUGGAACCUGUGGCCGAACCGAAAAGUGAGCCGGAACCAGCUUCGGAACCAACUAGCGAUUCCGAGCCUGCUGCCGAGCCAAAAAGUGAGCCCGAACCAGCAAGCGAACCAUCGGCAGAGCCUAAGAGCGAGCCCGCUGCUGAGCCAGCUGCAGAACCAACAAUCCUACCGGAGUCUACGGCAGAGCCAAAAAGUGAGCCAGAAUCAGCGGCAAAACCGGAGCCUGCGUCUGAGCCAGAACCUUCUACAGAGCCGACAAGCGAUCUAAAACCACAUGCUGAGCCAAAGAGUCUGGCGGAACCAUCAAGCGAAUCAGAGCCUACUGCUGAGCCAAAAAGUGAGCCUGAACCAAGUGCAGAGCCUAAAAGCGAACCAGAACCAGCUGCUAAGCCCGCAAGUCAGCCAGAACCAUCUGCAGAGCCUAAAAGCGAACCAGAACCAACUGCUGAUCCCGCAAGUGAGCCAGAGCCAACUGCAGAACCAACGAGCAAACCCGAGUCCGAGAUGGAGCCAAGUAGCGAGCCUGGCUUAACUGAAGAACACAAAAACAAAUUGAAGCCUAUGAGCGAUUUCGAAUCAAUAGUAGAAAGUAAAAGUGAAGCAGAGUCAGAAUCUGAGCCAAAGAGUGAGCAAGAACCAGCAGCAGAGCCCACAUCAGAGCCGAGUCCUUCUGCAGAUUCCAAAAGCGAGGUUGAACCAGCUGAUCAACCAAUGAGUGACUCCCAACCUUCUGCCGAGCCAAAAAGCGAAUUGAACCCAAUCAGUGACCCGGAAUCGAAUAUAGAACCAGUCGCUGAACCAAAACAAGAACCCGAAACUGUUGCCGAACCAACAAGCGAUUCGGAGCCAAUAUCUGAGCCAAAGAGUGAGCCAGAACCAUCUCUGGAAUCUACUCCCGAGCCGAAAAGUGAACCAGAACCAGUUAUUGAAACUGUAAGUGGGGAGAAAUCUUCUGCUGAGUCGAAGAGCGAAUCGGCUGUAAAGGAUUCCAGUGAACCAUUGUCUGAACCCAAGAGUGAACCGGAACCAGUCACUGAACCGGCAAGUGAGCCAGAACCUUCGGCAGAGCCUCAAAGCGAAAAAGAACGAAGCUCAGAAUCUGCAGCUGAACCGGAAACCUCGGCAGAGCCUAAGAGUGUGUCUGAGCCCUCUGCUGAACCAGAACCAGUUGCUGAACCUACUAUUCAACCAGAGUCAUCCACUGAAUUUGUAAACUUAUCAGUUUCAACAUCUGAACCAACGGCUGAACCGUCGGCCUCCUCUGCAGAGCCACCGAAGAUCUCGGAAGAACUUGCAGAUGAACCCAAUAGCGAAUCAGAAUCUUCAUCGGCAGCAAAACACGAUGAAACUACGGACAAUCAAGUUCCUGAUGAAAAUAAGACUGAAGUACCCUCCGAACCAAGUAGUGAACCGCAUAACGAAACUCUUGAUACGAAAAAAGUUACAGAUGCAGCAUCGAUAAGUAAUGUGGAAGUCUCCACAACAUCGACAAGCGAACCAGCGACUGUCAUAGGACUUGACGAAGACAAAGAAAUAUUACAAAUGAUUGAAACUACUGAGAUAAGUAGAAAUAAACAUACAUCGACGGAGACCCCCUUAAAUAUAGAUCAAGGAUUCGUUAAAAAGGCUCCUCGUCUUGACAAAGAUGAACAAGAUAAUCCUAACCCAAUUGAAUCAAAUGUAAAAGAUGUAGAAAGCUCUAGUGUUGAAGCUAACGUAACAGAAACUGCCGCUUCUGAUUCGCUCAACGAUGUACCGGAUGACAAAAAUAAAGAGGCAGAGAAUUCGCUGAGUAAAGAAAAUCCCGAAGAUCAAUACAACGAUAUAACAGACGAGCUCGUUCCCAAAGGAUAUGGUCAAAACGAUAUAGAAUCCUCGCAGGACGUGAAGAAAGACGAAAAGAAGAUUCAAAAGGUUUACAAAGAAAUGAAAAAUAUUGAAUCUGUAAAACCGUCGACAACUGAAAGCGCACUUGACAAACAUACCGAUGAUCCCAAUAUGACGUCUCAGGUACCUAUUUUACCGAUUGAAAUUCAAAAUGACAUGUCUACGACUGAAACUGUGGAAAAAUUAGAAGCGCAAGCAACGUCUCAAGAACCUGAUAAAGAAAUCAUGUUGACAACUACCUUAUCCAAAUUGUCACCCGUGGAGGCAAAGACCACCGAGCAAAUCCCAAUAUUGCCAGAAGAACUGCAAACCACGGAUGCUAACAAGCAAGAGCACGCAGAAACUACAGCUGAUUAUACAAUCGGCAAGCGUAUUGAUGAGCCAACCGAGGAUGCCGAUGAAAAAGAUGAGGAUAAGUUACACGCAUCUGGUACAUCAGAAUCUGUAACGACGAGUAUUAAUCUAGGCGAAGAAAUUCCUGACAAAACAACGAUGAAUUACAAUGUCCUAUUGGAGAAGAGCGAUACUAUGGAGGAUAUCAAACCAGUAUCGGAAUCCAUUGCGGACGAUACUACACCACAAUCGUUCGAAUACGUAUUCCAGGUCACAACUACUACUGAAAAAUCAAUGACACCACAAGAAUAUGAAGAACUGACUGAAGAACAACUACGCGUUGUUCCUUUGGAAGAAAGAGAAGAAUUCAAAAAGCCAUCUGACGAUCAACAGAUGAAAAUUAAAAAAGAAAAGGAAUUGAAUCUGGAAGCAUCAAGCGAGCUUGCGAACAAUGCACCCACAAAAAGUAGUAGGACUGUAGAGGACGACAAUAUUCCAAAACUCACUUCUGGAGUAUCAGAGUCUGAAACGAACACAAAAUCCGACGAAGUGGCACACACAUUCGAUGCUGAUAUAAAAAUAAUUAAUAAACCAAACAACACCGAAUCAAGUACCAGCUCGAGUUCGUACCCGAACAUCAUUCCCGUCUCGGAAGAUCUCGAAGAUGAUUACCAUUUCACCGAACCAACCAUCCUGUUAACUUUCAACAAUCGACUCGCUACUACGGACAUGCUAGAGUCCACUAUAAAUACAGAGAAUACGCAAAACGUUUCCGAAGUUACUACUGCCUCCUCACCAGCGGUUGAGGUUUCUUCCACGGAAAGUGCAGCUAACGCGACUAAGACUGACGAAACCACGAAAGAGCCCGAGAAAAAAGACGAAGUUCAGCCGGAAAUAUUGGGCAUCCCAGUAGCGAUUCUAACUUCGCAAGACGAAACGCCUCCAGUUUUCUUCUCCAAGUGUAAAAGUGGUCAAUUCCAAUGCGUCAACGGAACCUCCAGAGACGGAGCUUACUGCGUCAAUCUGUCCGCCAAAUGCGAUUCGGAAAACGACUGUUCCGAUGGAUCAGACGAGGUCGAUUGCGAACAAAAGGGCUGUCCAGGAAACUUCCAGUGCGCCAGUGGUCAGUGUCUCAAACGACACCUUGUCUGCAACGGCAUAGUCGAUUGCGAUGAUGGUAGCGACGAGAAAGAAUGCUCCCAGUGGAAGUGCAUCUUCGACGAGUUGCAGUGCCCUAAUGGAAGGUGUAUUCCAAUUCUGUGGCGGUGCGACGGUCGUCCCGACUGUGAGAAUCACGUCGACGAAUAUUCGUGCUCUGAAAGCUGUGACAACGACGAGUACCUCUGUCCGAUUGAAAAGUGGUGCAUACCUCAAACGUGGCGCUGCAACGGCGUAUCCGAAUGCGUGAACGGAGAAGAUGAGAAGUUGUGCGAAUGCGCCAUCGAUCAAUUCAAAUGCGAUACUGGAGGAUGUAUUCCCGCCGAUCAAUUGUGCGACGGAGUCGAACACUGCCCGGAUAGAUCGGACGAGUGGAACUGUCUGAGUGGAUUCAGUAAAAAUACAACCAGCAGUACUGAGGUUGACAAAGAAAACAAAGAGAAUGAAUUCGCCACGCGAAGUGGUUUAGUGAAGAUAAGACAAUCAAGCGGCGACGACAGAUUCGUUUGCUCCGACGGCUGGACGGACGAGUUCAGCGAUCAAUACUGCCGAACUCUAGGAUUCGCUUCAUCCGAAGUGACGCAAUUCGUCGAACAGGGAUCGAAUCAGAACCUGCUUCAACUAACUCCGAACGCGAGUCCCAAUUCCUCGUUGGUCAUCAAUUUGGAGAAGAUAAGCGCUUGCAAGUCGAAAAAAAUCGUCGAGGUAUCUUGUCAGGAAUUUUCCUGCGGAUCUCACGAAAGCGUCGGCCCUACGGCUCGACUAGUGGGAGGAACACCCGCUAGCGUAGGUCAAUGGUCCAGCGUUGCGCUUCUAAAGGAACCCAAGCACGGGGCUGCUUGCACAGCGAGUGUCCUCAGCCCUAUGCACGCUUUAGCGAGUUACUCGUGCGUUCAUAGGUUCAGACAGAGCAGCGGAUGGCAACUUUUCGUAGGUGGAAAUCUCCUCAAACCAUACACAGUCAAGAAUAUCGUACCUUACCCGCAAGUCAAGUACAAUCAAUUCCUCUACAACAACGAUAUCGCACUCGUUGAACUAGCAGAGCCGCUGACCUUCUCGAGGAACGUCAGCGCAGUUUGUCUUCCUAAUCAGUCGUUCCAGCCACGACAGCUGUGCGUCACGGCUGGAUGGGGAUUCCCCGUGAACGGAGAAGUCGAUUUACAGCAGUACUUGAAAUUUUUGCCUGUGCCCACUUACGACUCCGAGGAAUGCAACGCAACCAGCCAUUACGCCGGUUUUAUCACGAAAAACAACAUCUGCGCCGGAUUUACCGAUAACGAUAAAGGACCUUGCUAUAACGACGAAGGUGCACCUUUGAUGUGUGUCAGCGAAACAGGUAGAUGGGAAAUUCAAGGACUACUAAGUCACCACAGCAGAUGCUCAAGAGGUCAUCCUGCGAUAUUCUCAAGCUUGACGCCAGCUCUUUCCUGGUUGAGAAAUUCCGUGCCAGCGCUGCAAGCCAACACUUGAUUCGACGCGGAGAAUAUUUUUAAAAAGCAUAAUAUUAAAUAAUUUUAAUUUGUUUUUUGUACGAUACGAUGAAAAAGGCAAAGUUCACAAAAAAGAAAAAAAAAACAAGAAAAUAUCAGCCAUUAUUUUCUAUGGCUCGUAUUGUUAAGACGUUUUUAUUAUUUAUUUCGUUGUUGACGAAAUAAUCAUAAUUCACAAGUGCCAAAAGCGACAAAUUUUGUUAUCAACUCAAUCGAACAAAUCAAAAGCAGAUCUUGAUGGACUUUGGUCCAAGAUGGUGUAAGAACAGACAAUUAAAGGCACGCUAUCGACACGCGUACUUAUGCUUCGGCAAAAUGAUGUAAAUAAUGUAUAGAGCAAAGAUUAAUUGACUCGACGGUUUUAUACAUAGCUUAUCUUGAUUUUUUAAUGGACGUACUUAAGAUUCCAAAAGUUUAUGUAUAAAUAAGUCUAUGUGAUUAAGAGCGAGUAAGGAUCGACUAAAAUGUAUCCUCUGCAUAGAUUUUGAACAGCAGAGAGAGGUAUAUUAUUAAGAUCAAUGUAUAUAAUACAUUAGUUAUAAAACCAUAGAUUGUUAUAGUUAUUAUUAUAUUGAAAAUAUUAAAUAUUGUAUAUGUUUAGUCAUUAAUUUGAGUGCAAGUAUUCUAGGAAAUAAGCUAAAAAGUAAUAAAACAUGUAAUUGCUUAUAAGUCAAAGCAUUUAAUUAAGAUAAAAUUGUUUAAAUAUAUUCUUAUUCUUAUAAAUUAUAAAAAA